AGGAUAAAGAGUGGAGAAGAGUGGUGCUUCACUCCAAGUGUUUGCUGCCCCCUUGUGGUCUCAGGGAGUGCUGUGGUCCCAGAUCCCUUUUUAACAGUCCGCUGGCCACCCAACGGUUUCACUAGCGUCUCAAAUUCAGCAUGUCGAAAAGAAGUCUGAAACUGGGAGUCAUCCUAGACUCUUUCCUUCUCAGUUCAGUCACCAACUCUUCACCAAACCUACGUCUCCCAGCUUAAUCUACUUUUCUGUAUUCCCACUGCCAUUUCUCUUAAUUCUUACAAAUCAUUUAACAACUAUUUGAGCGCCUAUUAUACACUAGGCAACAUACGAGUCUCAGUGGACACGCCCCCGGGAUCCCGCGGCCGUUGGUCGAGGCCCAGUUCCCCCACCCCAACCCCCUCUGGCGGCAGCACAAAUUGGUUUGCUCACAAAUUGGUUUGCCCCCUGAUGAAAACCCUCCGUGGCUUGCCAUGCCCACAGAAUGAAGUCCAAUGUCAGAACUCGGUGACCAAGGGACUCCCCCGCGCAGCAGCAGUCACUUCGAACGGAACCCCUUGCCACUGUCCAAAGUAAAACCCAAUGCUUCGCCUUUGUUCUUGCUGUGCGCCCAGCUGGUGACGCCAGCGGAACCAUCUUCUCAGGGCCAGAUCCUUCCCAACUUUGAGACACGAGUCUCUGAUGGUGGCUCCUCUCCGGAGGGCUCUCUCUCCACCCCAGUAGGGAUGCCCUUGCUCCAGGAUGUAACAUCGGAGACUGUCUACAUGUUCAUGGUCACGGGAUGUUCUGGCUCAGCUGACUCCUAGAAGUCCCCGCGAAACUCAGCUUUCCCGCUGAGGCACCGCUAGGCACGGCCCCUUAGGUCCCGCCCCUACACGGCGUGCGCGGCCCCGCGGCUUCGGCGCGCUCCCGGCUUGGGCGCCAUCUUGGCUCCUGAUCGAAUUUGAGGCGUGCGCGGCCAGGGCGGUGAGAGCGAGAACGCAGUGGGGUGGGGGGACGCUGGAGGUAGAGGGAAAAGAGGGGAGGCUGGUCCUUGGUCUCUGCGGCUUGCUGAGCUCUGGAGUCCGCCCGUGGCGGUGGAGACGGCCAGGUUGUGGACUCCACUCUAUGAGUAGCCCAGGCAGCCCUCCGCGUCAAGCCUCUGCUGCCGUUUCUGAGGGAUCUGGGCUGAGGGCAUUGACACUGGGAAUCUCAAGUGGGCCGUGAAAUUCAGAUACAACAGCAAGUGGGAUGGAGCACUACCGGAAAGCUGGCUCUGUGGAACUCCCAGCACCUUCUCCGAUGCCCCAGCUACCUCCUGAUACCCUGGAGAUGCGGGUCCGAGAUGGCAGCAAAAUCCGCAACCUGCUGGGGCUGGCACUGGGUCGAUUGGAGGGUGGUAGUGCACGGCAUGUGGUGUUCUCAGGUUCUGGCAGGGCUGCAGGAAAGGCGGUCAGCUGUGCUGAGAUUGUCAAGCGGCGGGUACCAGGCCUCCAUCAGCUUACCAAAUUGCGCUUCCUGCAGACCGAGGACAGCUGGGUGCCAGUCUCACCUGACACAGGCCUAGAUCCCCUCACGGUGCGCCGCCAUGUACCUGCAGUGUGGGUACUGCUCAGCCGGGACCCCCUGGACCCUAAUGAAUGUGGCUACCAGCCUCCAGGAGCACCCCCUGGCUUGGGCCCCACAUCAAGCUCCAGCUGUGGCCCACGACCCCGAAGAAGGGUUCGAGACACUUGGUCCUGAAGAUCUGCUGAGCAAGCUGUUCCCCAGGCAUGAAUGUCUAGGAUGGCUUUGCCUUCUCUGAGAAGUCUCUGUAACUGUUCAACAUCCCCAACAAGACUUGAAUCUACAGAAAUGAGCUUCCCUGUCCUGCUUCCCCUUCUCUCUGGUGUGUGAAAAGGGACUGCUACAGUGACAGGUGUGCAGUCUUAGGUGGCUUCUGGAUUGCUUAAGAAGGGCUUACUCAGCCUUCUCCCUACUGUGCUUCUGUCCUUUCUUCUGACAAAAAUACAGGGAGUGGUUAGGAAAUAAAGGUUCUGCCUAAUUGUC